UGUUUUUAUUUCGACUCCCCAGGUCUUUCGCUCUAACUGCUCCCGCUCUCACUGCUCCCUUGUUUCCACUGCGAUUGAAUUGAAACCCCAAUUGUUCGUUUCCUUCGUAUCUUUGCCGUCGCCCUCCUCGCCCUUCCAUUGUGCUUUUCCCUAAUGGAGAUGCGGCCAUACGGGGGCGGGAUCGGAGGGAAGCUUCGCCGGAAGCCGCUCCGUAAGGUGGCGAAAACGCCAUACGACCGACCGGCGACCUCCGUCUCCGGCAUCAGGGAUCCCGAGGAGGGAAGCUGGCUGGGGAGGCUCGUCAAUAGCGUGUCCAGACUCUUCUCCUCGGUGUUGCCCAAACGUCUUUCUGCGAGGCCGGUCCAGGGAGUUCCAGUUAUAGGUGGGACCUCUUUGUCUCAAUCUGCACAAGUUACUGGAGCAAUUUCUCAUGAGCUCUCAGGUGAACUACCAGAAAAUAAAAUCAACAACCAAAACAUUGCAGCAAAUAAUCCUGCAGACAAUACAAUUUUGGAAUUUGAACAAUUUAUUAAGCAGAAAAGCUUCACAAGAGCUCAAUGUGAGCAUUUGAUAAGUAUACUGCAGUCAAGAAUUGUUGAUUCAGAUUCGAAGAAAUCUGGAGCAAGUGGCAUGAAAAAUGAUGACGUAGUUGUUCCUCUGCGAGCAACAAUAUCUCACCAGGAAUCUAUUCCUGAUGAUCAUACUGUUCCAUCAGUCGAACUUGCAAGAGAAUAUAUGCGCUUCAAGAUCUCAAAUGCAUCUCCUUUGCAUCAAAAUUUGCAGAACCAUAUGUUUCAUGAGAAUAAACAAGUGCAAAGUAAUUCAAAUUCAGCAAAAAAGUUCAGCCUUAAUGGUCAAAAGCCUCCCAUUCUAUCUCAUGUAUCUGCUGAGAUUCCUGAAAAUAAGUAUUUCACUCCAGGAUCUGUUCGAACAUCUGGAAUCUAUAAAAUGGCAGGGUCUUCUUAUGUUAAGGGUGAGGGAUCUUCCAAAGAUGGUUAUGUUGGGUCCUUGUCUCUUAAGACAUCAGGCACCAAUCAAAAUGUGGGACAGGUGUUGAAACGAAGAAAUUCAACAUUGUACGAUAAAUUUCGAUCAACUUGUCCCAUACGAAGAGUUCGUCAAAAGCUCGGUCUGAAUUCUUCAAAAAGAAUCAUCCAUUCAGUUCUUCCUGGAAAUGUUGAGCUUUGUACCUCAACUGUAUUCAAAAAAGAUUUUCAAGAUAAUCCAUCACCAAAUCAAAGGCUUAAUUGUUUAGAUGGACAUGAGGAAAGUAUUUUUAAGAAAAGAUCCAGCUGUGAUAUUGCCCCAGCUUUAGCUCAAUCAACUAAGAUGGAAAACCAAAUCUUCCAACACCUACAUGAGUUAGCACCUUCACCAAAGAGAAAAUCACCCAAACUAGAGGAUAAUCCCCUUGAUGUAACAAUUGCUGAUGGUUUUAUCAAUUCUUUAUCUCAUAAUCAAGAAGGGGUUGGAGUGCUUGAGGAGGACGCAUCAACUUCUUCAGGAGUCAAAUCUAUAAAUGCAACCAAUGAUAUUAAUUUAGUACCUGGUGCUGCUACCAUACACGGUAAUAAUGCUGUUGAUGCUGGAAUCUCAAAUUGCAAAGCAAUUUCUGGGAAUCACAAGCCAUCUUUUCAGAAAAGAGAAUCUGAGGAUAAAGUGAUGGAUCCUUCAUCUCAACUCAAGCAUGAAGAUGAGUCGAAUAUUUCUCAGCAUAAAGCUAUCCCAUCAACAAGAACUGAGGGAUCUCCUCCAACUGUGCUUGCAAACUUUCCUUCAACAUCUGUAUUCUCUAAGGCAUCUGAUCUGAAGCCUUCCAUUGAUUCUGUUGCCAAGUAUAGCAAGGGUUUUACUUUUCCCUCUAUGCCUUCUUCCUUAACUUCUCAACCACCGCCAACACCUACUAUGCCAAGACCUUUAGUUCAGAAGCUUGUGACACAAAAAGAACAUGGUAUGACUCCUUCAUUUACCUCAGCCUCCAUGGGAGCUAAAAGAGCUUUAUUUUCUUUACCUACGACAAAGGACAAUUCUCACGCUUCUAUGCUAGAAAAUGGCACAAGGUUAAGCAAUAAUUCAACGUCAUAUGUAGCAGGAAUAUUUUCCACCAUUCCUACACUCGACUUUGGAUCUACAUCCUUGAUCAUUUCUUCCACUUUGGCAUCUCAACCAUUGAAUGUAGUCAAUGAUACAAAUUUGGAAGGAAAGCCUCACAAUGAAUCACCUGUGAAUUCAAAUAGUUCCAGUCAUGAUAACACUACACUUUUUAAUUUUGGAAGCAAAUCCUCUGCAUCAGCUGCUGUGUCUCAGUUUCCAGGCACUGACAGUGGCUCUGUUUUAGCAGCAACUAGUCUUCCCAAUUCUGCAGUCGGUUCUACUGCUGCAUCAAGUCUGCCUCCAGAUAGUAGAAACCCAUCUUCACUAGCUGCAAAAACAUUAUCAGAUGGAAGCAAUAAUCUUAAUUUCAUUUCAUCCAAGUCUAAUAAGUUAGAUUCAUUGUAUCAGGACAACAGUGCCAACAGCUUGUCUAGUGUUAAUGUUACUGGAUUUGGUGGAACUCGUGCAACUCAAGUUGAAAGUCCAACCUCACAAAAUUCUACCUCAGCAAGUCUGUUCCAAUUAACAUAUGGGAACAAAGUUAACAGUGGAUUUGAUAUGGCAACAUCCACAGGCCCAAGCAUGGGAAACAGUUCUGCUGCUGUAUCAAGUCUGUUUCCUAGUGCUCGAGGGAGCCAAUCUGCUUUUUCACCUACUUUAUUAGGUGCAAGUGACCAUAAGUUUAAUUUCAGUUCAACAAAAUUUGAUAAUCUAGCCUUAUCGGAUCUGCACAAUGGUGGCAAAACCUCUCCUCUUGCUACUCCCCCUGGGUUUGCUGGAAAUCUUUCAACUCAAGUUGAAAGUGGAAGCUAUGACAGUUUAGCGAGUCAAGUCCAGUCAACAUCUGGACACAGAGCUGAUGGUUGUGCUGUUUCUGCAGCACCCAGUAUUUCAAGCUUUGCAAUCACUUCAUCUCUUGCAUCAAGUCUGUUUCUGCAUGCUAGUGGAAGCCAACCAACUGUUGCACCUACAACAAUAUCUGGUCCAAGCAACAACCUUUUCAGUUUUAUUUCUAAACCCAGAGACACUGGCUCUUCGAUACUGGAUGACAGCCAACAGUCCUUCCCAGGUGUUAUUGUUACUGGAUUUGGUCGAACUCCUCCAACUCAAGUUCAAAGUGGAACCUCACUUAUUUCUAGUAGCUUGACGAGUCAGCCCCAGUCGUUCAUCCCCUCUUCAACUAUGGGAAUGGACAUUUCUUCCUCAUCGAGUUUGGGCAGCUCAUUUUUUGGAACAGUUUGCAAUCCUUUCAUCUCAAGUUCAUCUUUUCCCAUGGAUGCUGUUUUUUCCAGUCCCUGUACUGCUGCUGCUGCUACUACCUUUCCUUUGGCAACGGUCUCUAAUUUGUUUGGUUUGAAUUCUAAACCGCCAACGUUGCCUACUUCUGGUCUUUUUGUUUCUAGUGCAUCUUCUCAAAAUUCUGGAUUUCCAUUUUCCACACCAUUUAUAUUUAAUUCGUCUUCCAAUUUGGCAUCUUCUUUUAGUUCUGCUGCUAGUACUUCAUCAGUCUUUUCUAGACAUCCCACAUUUGGCUUGCAGAAUUCAGCAGCUGGUACCAGCACAGCUGGGGACAAUGCGAUGAGUAUUGAGGAAACUGGAGACAAUAACCAGUUAGCGGAUAGUAUGUUUCAACAUUUGGGCCAGCCAGGAACUUCACCAGCUGGACCAGUGUUCAGUGUGCCGGCAGUUCAACCUGCUUCACCAGUCUCUCAGUUUGCUGGUCAACAGAAUUUCCCGUCUCCAGUUCCUCCAAAAUUUCAACCAUCUGGCAGUGUGGAGUUCCCUCAAGGAGGAAGCUUUGCCUUUGGCAGUGGUGGUGGUGGUGUUGACAAAUCCAGCCGCCGAAUAAUAAGGGUUAGAAAAGACAAGAUGCGGAAAAAAUAGCAUAGAAACACGAAGAUGCAGCUGAAUGGCUUGGUCUGAGCAGGUCUUGUUUUUGCUCUCUUGUGCAGGUGGUGAAAGGGCAAGAGGCAAGAUUUUUGUGAUGCCUUGAGCAUUGCUGGAAAUCAGAUCGUUGCUAACUUGCCUUGGCAGUUUUAUGUCUUGGAUUUACGUCCAAAUUUUGGUCCAUUCCUGAGGAACACCAUUGCGAACAAAUUCUUGUACUGGUCUGCUUUGGGUGUAAAAUAGAUUUUUUUUCCCCUUUUUUUUAUGCUGAAUCUAAUUAAUUGUGACAAAGUAGGGUGCCUACCAUUCUUUUCACGGCGGGUCAGAAAGUGUCAAACAAGACAUGAUGUCCCGAACGAUAUUGCGAGAUGAUUGCUCUAAUGCCAAAAAACAAAAGAAUGGGCAUGUGUCCCAGAGGCUGUGUUUCCUUCAGUGGAAUGGCACAAACUGGAGGCGAAGAACUACGAAAAAAAAAAGUGAUUUUGCUGUUUGCUUGACCCAUGAGCACAAAGAAAGCAGGAGAAUUUUCUGUUUGCUUGACACGAACACAAAGAAGGCAUAAAGAAUCAGGUUCUCCUUCCUGUCGAAGAGAGGGAGGGAGUACCACUCUCAUCUUGAGCUUCUAGGUAAACAAAUUGUUGCAUUGUAAGUUGUUUAAACUGAACCUAAAUCUUAGGUGAAACUGCGACAAUUGUAACAGCUUAAAACAUCUUCAAACGAUACAAUGCAUUUUGAUAAUUGAUCUUAGCUCCUCCAAAUUGAGGUGAAGAUAUUCUUUUUGUAUGACCUUGAUUUUGGAGAAAUCUAUCUCAAUUCCUUGAUAAUAUCAUGAAGUUUAGAAACUUGCCUCAGGAAGUUUUGAAUGUAAAUCCUGAGCGGGUUCUUUAGAUUAUACUAUUUGAUAUUGAACACUCUUUCAAGGUUAGUCCAGUAGUAGUUUAUUGAAUUGACCACUUGAUUGCCUCUGGAUU